GGGCUGGGGAGUGAAUAGGGAGUUAAACCCCAUCCUGUUCGUACGGCGGGGUCAAUGUUGCUCGGACUAUUUUGAUCGACAAUGUCUCUGAUGUCUUGACAGCAUGUGACAACCUUUCAUCAUCAUCAUCAGAGCUCAGCCGCAAAAACCCAGCAUUUUGGGUCAGCAUUAAAUUUAUAAUCCUCGACCCGCAAGUCAGUACGCUUCCGGGGCAGUCCUCACAGAGCGACCCCGCAAAGAUGGCGGCAUCCAGUCCGAAAGUCCUGAUUAUGAUGGCGGACUACGGCCACGACCCGACCGAGACGGCAGUACCGUACACGGCCAUGAAAGCUGCUGGCUUCCACGUCCAAUUCGCGACUGAAAAUGGCAAGUCGCCGCAGUGCGACAAGAUGAUGCUGGAGGGAGUAACCCAAAAACUACUCGGCGCGUCACGCUCCGCUAUCGAUAUGUACGCGACCAUGUCUCAAAGCGACGAGAUGCAGAAUCCUCUGUCUUGGUCAGCAAGUGGUUUCUCACUCGAGUCCUUCGACCUGGUCUUCUUUCCCGGCGGUCACGAGAAGUCAGUCCGGAAGAUCAUCGACUCGCUCGACGUGCACGAGCUUAUGGCCGACUACUUCCCGAAGACUAAGAAACCUGGUAAGAAGGCUGUCGCUGCUGUCUGCCACGGCGUCAUGGUCUUGUCCGAAUCGAAAGACGCAGCUGGGAACAGUGUCAUUCGGGACUGUGUCACGACCGCAUUGCCUGCGCGAUUUGAACAGGUCGCGUUCUGGGGAACCCGGGCUUUUCUUGGCGAUUACUACAAGACGUAUGGCGCUGGAAGCGAGAAUGUUGAACAAUCCGUCACGAACAGCUUGGCCAAUGCCACUCAAUUCAAAAAUUCCCUGCUCCCUACGCCGUUUGUCGUUCAAGACGAGCAGUACAACUACAUCAGCGCCAGGUUUCCUGGUGAUGCAGAUCUCUUUGCGCAAAAGAUCGUAAAGUUGGUUCAGAGUCUCAAAGAGUAAGUUGGGUAUAUAGGUGCCCAUCAUCGGCAUAGAA